ACUCUCUUUCCGUUUGGACGGUCUGCUUUUUUAACGGUUAAAGUGUGCGUCUGUGUUUGUAUUUUGAUUUCUACAAAGAAUCAAGAAUCAUAAAGAUUAUAUCGGAAUUGUAAUAGUAGCUAAACGAUCGCGAGUGUAUAACCCCUGAUAUAUGUUUUUGAUAUGACAAAAUGCCUGCACAAUAUGGAAUUGGCGAUUUGUAAUCCGGAGAUAACUUCAACGAAAUUUAUGCUUCCACCAGCAUUGCCCGCUGCAGCGGCAAUAGCAACAACAACAUCUGCCACAUCAGCAGCAACGGCAACCACCCAUUCGUUUGCAUUCCUCGAUAAGGCCGCCCAGUUGAACGAACUGUUCAAUUUCAACGCUGGACAUUUGUUUAAAACAAAUCCCAGCAGCAAUCCCAUCUCCAAUAACAAUUUCCAAGCCAAUCCCAUACCCUCCUCGAUCCUGAGCACCAACAUCAAUAGCCAUAACAAUAACAACACCAACACCAACAACAGCAGCAGUAACAUGAGGCUGAAAAAGAAUCGAAAAGUUACAUUUCUGAGUAGCUUAGUUGAGUCCAAAAAUAUAUUUAUUAAGGAGGAGCCAGUUAAUGGCUGCAAGGAUUUACCACCGCCCAUAUGCAGUUUAUCGGAUAUUUCAGAUCAUGAGGCAUCGCUGGAUGUACCCACAGCCCUGCCACCCCUCACACCGGGCACCAAUCGCAAAGUCAACGAGGUGCUCAAAGCCUCAUUUGCCUCCUGGGAGAAGGAGGUGCAGAACUGCAACAUUACCAAAGAUCCCCGCGAAUGGACGGAGGAGCAUGUCAUUUAUUGGCUAGAUUGGGCCAAGAAUGAAUUUUCGCUGGUCUCAAUGAAUUUGGAGCCAUUCUUCAAUAUGAAAGGACGAGAAAUGGUCGAAUUGGGUAAAGAGAAAUUCCUGGCCAUAACGCCUCCAUUUACGGGUGAUAUACUAUGGGAGCAUUUGGAUAUUUUACAGAAAGAUUGUGAGAAACCAAAUGAGGAUAUUGUACAUGGAAAUUCCUUUGAAUCGGCUACAACAGCCUCGGUCUGUGGAUCGGACCAUCAGGUAGCCAAUUACCAGCAAUCCACGGGGGCAACAUCAACGCCAAACAGCAGCAGUAACAACAGCAACAAUAACAACAGCAAUAGCAUUGCCAGUCGCCUGUCCAUGGAUUAUGCGACAGCAGCCGCUGCGGCGGCGGCAGCGGCAACAACUGGCAAUAGUGAUAAGAGCAAUUUUCAUUCAACAACUCCCGCCAUGUCACACAACGGCUAUAGCAGCAAUGCACAUGAUCGUAGUAACCACAGCCCGCCACCGCAGCAGAAUGUUAAUGGUAGUAGCAACAAUAAUAACUCUAUGUUGCCGCCAGUUGUCCAACAGCAAUCAAAUACCGGCGAUAACAACAACACCAGCACCAGCAGCAGCAGCAGCAACAACAACAACAACAGCAGUAACAAUGCCAACAGUAGCAGCAGCAACAGCAACAAUAGCCAUGCAAAUACGGGCAGCAAUACCAACAGCAACAGCAACAAUAACAACAACAAUAAUAAUAAUAAUAAUAACAACAACAACAACAUUAACUAUAUGGCUGCAAUGGCAGCAAUUUACCAUCAUCAGCUUAAAGAAGAACCAGGCACCGGUACACAGAAUACCGGGAAUGGUAAUGUAAGCGGUAAUACCGCCUACAAUGGUCCAAAUAACCAAAACGAUCCCACCGAUCUCAGUAGUUACGGCCUGCCCGCACAUUUGGCAGCUGCAGCAGCAGCCGGACACUACAGCGGAGGCAGCGGAGGUAAUCCGGGCAGUGGCAGUGCCAAUGACGAUAGCGACUAUCAUAGCACAAUGUCCGGAGGUCAGGAGCAUCAGAGUCAGGCAUCGAGUGCAGGAAACGGUAGUGGCAGCACCAAUAGCAACAGCUACAUGGACGGCAGUUCCGAGUUCUAUGGCUCCUAUGGACGCAAUCGAUUCCAUGAUAGCUAUCCAUCCGAGUUCACGCCAUACGAUGCACCGCAGUUUCAACAGAUGAGCGCCCAGGCCUCGGCCAUGGAUCAAUGGGGUGCCCAUGCCCAUCAGCAUCCAGCUGCUUAUCUGGGUCUGGACAAAUCCCUACUGGGUGGCUAUACCACCCAAGGGGGAGUGCCCUGUUUCACGGGCUCCGGACCCAUACAGUUGUGGCAAUUCCUGCUCGAAUUAUUGCUGGACAAGACGUGCCAAAGUUUCAUAUCAUGGACGGGCGAUGGCUGGGAAUUCAAACUCACCGAUCCCGAUGAGGUGGCACGUCGCUGGGGCAUACGCAAAAAUAAACCCAAAAUGAACUAUGAGAAACUAAGUCGGGGUCUGCGUUACUAUUAUGACAAAAAUAUCAUACACAAGACGGCGGGCAAGCGCUAUGUCUAUCGUUUUGUCUGUGAUCUGCAGAAUCUAGUGGGACACACACCUGAGGAAUUGGUGGCGAAAUUUGAUUUGAAAAUUGAGAAGAAGGAUGUGGACUAGCAGAGAAGCAGCACAGUACAGGCCACAAAAAUACUUUCGAUAGUUUAUUGUUUUCCACUGCGUGAUGUUAAAUUUUAAGCAGCAGCAUUUGACUGCAAUCUUGCUACGAGAUUAAAGUGUUAGUAUCCUUCCCACCCCUUCCUCCCUCCCUUCCUCAUCACCACCACCACCACCAAGCCCUUAAUAUUUGCUUGUAAUUAUUGUAUAAAAUUUAGACUUAUUUUAAAUUAAUUUGAAAUUAAUUUAAAAUACAAAUUAAACUAUAGUUAGUCCAUAAGUAGUCUCUAGCAACGAAAAUAUCAAAAGAAAACAAAUCAAAUCACAUCAAAAAAAGUAAAAACCAGUUAAAGAUCGAAAUUCAAAGACUAUAAACUGAUAAAUCAAAAAAAAAAAAACAAAAAAAAAAACAAAAUACAUUUUGUGCAAUGCAAUAGUUUGUUUCUGUUUUUUCAAAUAUCAAAACAAUAUUGAAAGAGGCCAUAAAAACUAUGCGUAACAAAUCCCCGCCACUCCCCCCACGAAAACAAAAACAAAACAAAACAAAAAAGUGAUAUUAAGAGCCACAAUUUGUUGUUAAAAAGAAGAAGAAUAAGAAGAAAGGAUACAAUUUCAUAAUGUAUAUAAC